AAAUGAAAAUAAAAUAAAUAAAAAACAGUAGGCUGAGGCUGUCUCUUCUCCUUCCUAAACCCAGCAGCAGCCACCAUUCUUGUUGAGAGACAGAGCCCUAAACGCCCAAAUCUGCUAAACCACCAUUGACAGUCAGGGGGCCUUAUUAUCAGGUAAACAAACCUAAGCAAUUACAGAAACUACUUGUCUUUCAAUCGAGAAAGAAAUAACAAAGACAAAAAAGAAGAAAAAAAAAUCAAGAAAAAACGUCGAGCCAAAAAAAGAAAAGAAAAAAAAAAUUCAUUCUUCUCUUUUUCUUGCUAGUUUAAAACCCUACCUAUUUCUCUGGGAUUUUUGUUUUAAUCCUCCAGCUUUUAUCUCUGUUGCGGCAUAGAUGACUGCAUUGUUUAUUGAGGUGCAUGUCUCGUUGGAAUUCGGAGAGGUUUACUUACGAUGGUUUGAUUAUGUUACUGAUGCUUGUCUUCUAAAGGAAUAAAGCUGCUGUCUUGUUCAUAACAUCGACACUUUUAAGGUUGAAACUUUAUUUAUACCGUAGUUCUGAGAAGGCCAAUAAACAGUUUUAUCAGAUUUAUCAGCUGAUAUCUGGAGGUCCUAUGGCGAUCGUCAAACCAGAGGCAACGUCCAAGAUCUUCUGCUAAAUUUGCGCUGCUGUUAAUUCUAUACAGAUGAAGUCAUAUAUCUGGCUCGAAACUGCUGAUGGUUCAAUCCAAGAAGUGGAGGAAGAGGUUGCCAUGUUUUGCCCUGUGAUAUGCAGGGAAUUACUUCAAAAUGGCAAGGGAUCUUCGAAAAAUUGUGCAAUAUUACUUCCUGAACGAGUCAAUCCUGCUAACUUAGAGUUAAUACUGGAGUUUUGUCGGUUCCAUCAAGUUCCUGGCCGUUCUAAUAAGGAGCGCAAGAAACAUGAUGAGAAGUUUGUCCGGUUAGAUACCAAGACGUUAUGUGAUUUGGCUUCUGCUGCUGACAGUCUUCAGCUAAGGCCUGUGGUUGACCUUACGAGCCGUGCACUUGCUCGGGUGAUCGAAGGCAAAACUCCCGAGGAAAUACGUGAAACUUUCCAUUUGCCUGAUGAUCUAACAGAGGAGGAGAAGUUGGAACCUUUGAGAAAUAUGACGGAUGAUCCACGUAUCCGCCUUCUAAAUCGACUCUAUGCAAGAAAAAGGAAAGAAUUAUAUGACAGAAAGAAACUAAAGAAUGUUGAUGUAGAAGAAGAGCCCCGCGUAGAUGAAAGAUCAGUUGAUGAUCUUUUGUCAUUCAUAAAUGGUGGAGAUCAAGACUCAAAGGCUGCAAGAGUAACAAAAAAUAAAAAGAAAUCUCGAGGAAGAAAAGAACAAGCUAGAAAUUCGUCUUCAAAUAAUGAACCUGGAAACAAUAAUAAGGAAUCUAAUUGCCUUACAUCUGGCUGCUUAAAUGGUGACACCAGUGAUGGGUCUUCUCCAAGUAGAAAUUCUGAGCUGCAAAACUCACCAUCUGCAAUGUUUUCAUCUAAGCUCGACUUGGAUGAUUUUGAUAUUGAUGAUGAGUUAGAUCCAGCAAGGAAGGAAGAAAUUGACAGGGAGGUUGAGGAUUUUGCUCGGAGACUAGACUCUGUCUGGCCAGAAAGGAUACAACAGAUUUUGUCUUUGGGUCAGGAGAAUAGACGGCUUACACCAAUUUCCAUGAACGGAAAUGGUUCCAUGAAGAGAUGUACAGCAGGUGUGGACCGGGGAUAGUGAUGGAAAUGGUGGACAAACGACAAUGCGUUUUUUUUUGUAUACAGCUUGAGCUUAAAAUGCCAGGUUGUCUGUCUAUUGCAACAAAGAACUUUGGUAUCCAUAUCAUGUAAAGUUUCCUGUCAAGCUGCCAAUAGCAAGUUCGCGUCCCUGGAUACACGCCAGGUUCUCAAAGUGUACUGAAAUAUCAGAAUAGAAGGAAAGUUUCUGUUGUUUGUGACUAUGGAAUUUGCAAAACUUGUGCAUUUCAAAAAAGCUGAGAUUAACAGUUUCCAGUUUUGCACUACAUUCCUAGUUUCUUUUUAAACCAUGGUUUUGAUUUUUCCAUCUUCUCUUUUAAUUAUAUAGUCCAAAUGUUUGUUGUAA